ACACAGUCUUAAACUGCGUCAGGGGAGGUUUAGAUGGUGCGUUAGGAGGGAUUUCUUCACAGGAAGGGUGAUUGAUUAGACACUGGCAUGGACUGCUCAGGGAGGUAGUGGAUUCACCGUCCCGGAAGGUCCUGUUUUCCACUGAUCUAUGCAUCAUGGGGCAAGGAAAUUCUUGUAAAUAAGAUGUUUCAGUCUAGAUACAAGAAUCAUUAUCAAGAGACUAUUUUCCUAAGAAUCACUGGAUUCCUACUGUUCAAGCAUGGAAGUGGUCUUGCACUAUCGACCACAUCAGAGAGAUCUAAUAAAACUGCAGAAAUAUGCAGAAGCAGCAAUGAAGGAGUUUCCCAUUCGCCAAUUACCAAGAUUUGCACCCUGGUUUCGAAAUGAUUUACACAGUCUUCCACUCAAACCAAAAAAGCAGGCACCUGUUGUUUCUUGUGAGGAAGUGGAAGAAUUGAAACAACUUUAUACACCUUCAGAAAAUGUUACAGGAUCUCCUGAUUAUGACUGCACAAAAAAUCUCCUUGAGUUUCACUCUAGCAUGAAAUAUGGUCCGACUUUAAUCCAAGCACAGGCUGCUCACAGACCAAUUAACUUGGACUGUCAAGGAGAACCAGCACCUAAUGGAAAACAAAAAUUGAAAAGAUCUUGGAGUGUCUCUCUCCCUAGAGCUAAACUCAGAGAAAAGAUUCAUCCUUUAUCUCAAGAACUGCAGAAUAAUUUGGAAAGACUAAAGCUGCAUGCAUUUUGUAGAGCCAAGUGGACAAUUGAACAGUCUCUUUGUAAAAACCAGAAUUUGGAGGACAUAUGGGUAAAAUUGAAUAGACUCAUUAAACAGAAUGAAUUGCCAUCUUGCAAUGCUACUAUCCAAAGAUCUGUGGGGCAGAUAUGGAUUUUCUGUGAUAUAUUAUACUGUGAAUAUGUUAGAAAUAUUCUUAGGGAAAAGCUAAGCCUUACAGAUAAAAUGAAUUUGCUUGUACAUAAAUAUGGAAUUAUAUUUAGUUUAUAACUUCGGAUAUAGUUUAAUAAUAACAUUACUGUCAGAAAUACUAGGGCUUUUAAGCACUUUAGAAUAUAUAGACCUUAGAACAACGAAAUUAACAGUAAGAAAACUACCUAUGUUACUUUGCUAUGGUUUUCUAGCUAUAAUUAUAUAUUUCUUUAACUUUGUUUUGCCUCAAGACUUAUGGUUCUAUUAAGAUUAGUAAGUUUCUGUUUGGCUUAGUACUGUGUUUUAUAGCUUUUCUCUACCUUGGUGGUCUAAAGGAAAAAAAUUAAAGUAAAAAUUCCAGACUCUUGUGGCAAGCUAUGUCAGAUAAUAAAAUUAAUGCUUUCAGUUAAGCAAAGUACAUCCUUUCUGCUUCAUUGGAAUUAGGAGAAGGAAAGAUGUUUUUAAGUGUUGUAAUAAUUGUUAUAAUAGCUGUAACUGACAUUAAGAUUUUCAAGAUCUGAUUAUCUCCUGAAAGUAGUCUGUGCAUUUUUUUUAAUGAUGGCAUGUCCCCCCCAUGAAAUAAAAACUUACUUUAUGUGGGAUAUAUGCACUGUCUUAGUAAUGUUAGCUAUAUUUUCACAGAAGUAUUAAUGAUAGCUUCAGUGGAAGCUGUGGCCUGAAAAAUAACGAACAACUUGGUAAUUGCUGUUUUAUGCCUUUGAUAAUUUCUUUUCCUGAUGUUUCUGUUCUUUUGUCUCUAAUUAUAUUUGGGAACAAGGAAACACUAGCUUCCAGGUAAAAGUGAGAAAAUUAAGAAAUGAGACAUCUAUCUGAACCCUCUUGUCUUUGAGAAUUUGAAUACCUUUUAUGGUCAUAAAAGGCAGAGUUCAGGAUGAUUUUUUGUCUCCUAAAAGAAUGAAGUGUUCCAAGGUCAUGCUGUCCCUGCUCAGUUGAAACUUUGGAGGGUCAGUAGAGAAGUUAAACUGGGAUCAGUAUGACUGGAAGGUUAUGCAUUUGCACUCCUGCUAAUUCUAGAUAGUUUUGAUGUAGCUGGAGGUCAAGGUCUGUAGCAUCUGGAAAAGAAGGAAAACAGUAUUUGUAGAUUAUUAGCUUGUCAUUAUUGCCGCUCACACCAAAGUGUACCUAAGCAUAAUAAGAGAUCCUUCUGUAAAAAAAAAGUGAAUUCCCCUCAGACUUAACAUUCUUAUAACAUCCUUGUGUUCGAUUAUUAUAUUUUAUUAUAGGCAUUACAAUUUUUUUAGAUAAAAAUUUCUCCAUUUGAGUCAUUGACAUGUAUUUUUAAACUUUGACUGAAUUUUAAGACAUUUGUAGAUGUCUUAUAUUUAUGUUUAAGGUGUUGGUGAUAUUUAAUAUGACCACUUAGCAAAAUUGAUGCAAAAUGCUGUCUAGACUGCAUUAAAACUGCAGUAUAACUGAAGGUUGUUAUUAGUUUUAAAGCCUAUAUAGCCAAUUUUUUCGCUGACAUUAUAUUUCUGAGCUCAACAUGAAUAGUAACAAAAUAUUUUUGUGCAUCAACAUUUUUGAAGAUAAAAUGAAAUAAAAUGCAGUGUGAUUUGAGUUCUAUUUAAUGUGUUUUGUAUCUAGCAUCUUGGAAGAGAUGAUACAUUUUCUAACAAUAAUUUAGUACUUCUAAUAAAUGUAAUAAUAUACCUGUCAUAGUUUGUUUUGACUUCAUUGUGUGAUGUAUUUAUUUAUUUUCUGAAAUAUUACUUAACUUUUUUCUUUAGAAACAGCAAAUACUAGUUAUAUAGGCAUAGUGUAAAUUUGAGUAAAAUUGGAUAAUGCCAGUAAUACAAUCCCACUAGAUUAAUUUGAUAUACUGACAAAAGAGCUAAACAAACAUUUUACUAAACAAAUGGAGAGAUUCUUGUCACUGUAGCUGCCAGCUUUGUGCUGCUUUGGGUUGGCUUGUAUGGGAAUAAUGGUAGAUGCACUGCUAGCUGUGAGCACUUUAGCUGGAACUGAGGUCUUGUAAGAGUGAACGCCACGUUUGAUUGCUGCUCUGCAGAAUUACUGCAGUCUUGGUUAGCACUGGUAAUCCAGGAUUUCAUUUUCUCUUUGAGGAAUGCUUAAUUCAUAAGCAUGUGUAAUUCAGUAUCUUUUCUUUUUCAUUUUCAAUGUUGAAUGUGGUUCACUGUUUACUCUAUUUCAUAUAUCUUGGGAUUCGUUUAAUAUACCCCAUGGUUCUUAGUCUUCAAAGUUCACCAUAACCAAGAGAAUAUGUUCUCUUUUUUUUUCAUGUGAAAGGUGAGAAUUGUUUUUGUCAUGCUAAAUUGCAUAGGUGUGUUCUAUGGUAGCAUAAGUUCUUGUGAAGCAAUACACCCCACUGUACCCAAAUGUCUAUCAAAGAAAUUGAAUACACUGCUGGGAACAGCAAAUGCUGUCUGGACACAAUAGCUGUACAAAAGUACAAUAAAAAUAAACUCACAAAACCUGUGUCAGUGCAAAGGUCUUGAUUAACUUGUUGCAAUCAAGAGAAAUCCUUUUGGUUUAUUUUUUAGUUUUAAUUGGUGUUUUGUUUGUUAAGUUUCAAAGAAAAAAGCCCUAAUAGUUUUUACAUAUUCAGAUUAACACCUAAAAUUACAAAUGCUCAAUUUUUUUUCAUAUGAAUGCCUUCAUAUAUAAUAAGCUAUAUCUAAGUUUAGGGCCUUUGGUUAAUUUGAAGAGGGAGAAAUUCUUUUAAGUAAUAGCACCUUAAAUCUGUUAUUUAAGUGAAAAUAAUGUAAUUUUGAGUGUGAGUUAAAAUAGCCUUUGAAAAUACCACUUACUUGAAGUAGUGUUUUUUUAAUAGGAAAAUCUUAAUGAUUUUGAUUUUUGUCAGUAUCAAAAAAAUAGCUUUGUUGUGUUUUCAUGAGGUUUUUGUGCUGGUUUUACUGGUUUGAGUUUAAAGUUUGUGACUUAGAGAAAAAGCAGUGGUAUAAAUAAUGUAAGGUUUUAGUAUUGUAACUCUACCUUGUGUAAGUGUUAUAGGUUAAGAUGUUAAUGCAAUUUCUAAUAGACUGGUGUUUGACUGAAAGGGUCCGUACGAGUCAUCAUGUCUCAUUCUAGGGCAACAAGGAUCACAGGACAGGCACUUAAGCUGGAAAAGUCUACAAACAAAUGAAACGGAUACACUUCUGAAGACCACAAAGCACUUAAUGCUGUAGCAGGUGUAGACCUCUAGCACAUAAAAUUGAAAGCAGUAGAUGAGUAGGUUAGUUCACCAGGAUAGAAAGCAAGAGGAAGCAAUGGCAUUCUUGGAUCUUACAAUAGCAGGGGCUUUUUUUUUUAUUGCCAAAAAAAUUUAUUGUAUUUUGAAACGCCGUGUGAUCCUUUUUCAGGCCGAGACUUAUUUGGUGGUUGUGAUUUGUUGGGUGGUUUUGGUUUUUCUUGUGGAAGUUGAAAAACAAAAUUAAAAAUAGUUGUUUGAUUGA